GCUUCCCAGGAGUGUGAGGGAUUUACAAUCGCCACCUCUCUGUCCCCUGCAGUGUCACACUGAAGGCCAUGUGCAGUGACAAGCUGCAGACAGCUUUGCUGGUGGCUGGCUACUUUGUCUACCUGCUGGUGGGUGCUGCUGUGUUCCAGGCUCUGGAGAGGACUGCUGAGAAGCAGGAGAAAAUGGCAGCUGCCCAAAUGAAGGAGGCUUUUCUGCAGAACUUCACGCAGCUCACGGUGCCGGAGAUGGAGCAGUUCAUGAAGAACCUGAUUGAAGCCAUUCAGAAUGGAGUAUACCCUGUUGGAAAUGAGUCACAGUUUGAAGAGAGCAACUGGGAUUUCAGCAACUCCUUCUUCUUUGCAGGCACAGUUGUCUCCACAAUAGGCUAUGGCACAUUACAUCCUAAAACUGCUGGGGGACAGAUCUUUUGUGUGUUUUUUGCUCUUUUUGGAAUCCCUCUGAACAUUGUUUUUCUGCACCGUGUUGGUAAGAUGCUCUCGCUGCUCUGUAAAAAGCUGGGGAAAUUCCUGUACGAGAAAGGAAUGAGAAAGAAGAAGAUCAAAUUUCUGACCCUUUUGUUCUUCCUGGCAACGGGGAUCCUGGUUUUUCUGUGCUUGCCAUCAGUCUUCUUCCAGAUAACAGAGGGCUGGUCCUACAGUGAAGGAAUUUAUUUUGCAUUCAUCACCCUCAGCACCAUUGGCUUUGGAGAUUAUGUAGUAGGCAAACAGUCUGACAGGAAAUACUUUUCCUACUAUCGAGUGCUUGUGGCCAUUUGGAUUCUUUUUGGCCUUGCCUGGAUUGCUCUGCUGUUUAAUUUAUUGACAACAGUACUAGAAGAUACUGAAAAAAUAAUUGUCAAGGAUCUCCAGCAAAUUGGAAAGCCUUCAAGCUGGUGAUGGGAUGAAGAAUGGAAGCAGCAGAGUCCCAGAAAUGCAUGGGCAGCUCCUGGAGAACAUGGCCCAGCAAAAAGGCCAAAGUGCUUAAAGGCUGAGUGUAAUAACAACAGUGGUAGCACAAUUGGGUGAUGCCAAAUAGCCAAAAAUUGCCAGGGGGAAACAAAAAGGAGGAAUUUCCAGCAGUGGUUGUACAAGUCUAUUUCUUGCCUGCAGCAGGUCUCUGAGCAAAAGCCUCAACAGGAGCUGCCCACACUUUUUGCUCAAACUUGGGUCAUUUUUAGGGCUGGGGUUUGGUAACAACACUUCCCAGUCAUCAUCUCACAGGUCUCUGCAGGGGCUGAGCCUGCCCUUGGCAAACCAAACCGGUGAAGGUGGAAAACAUCCUCUAGGGAUGUCAAGGGAGAAGCAGGAUUUUGGUGCAUGAAAUUUGCACGCUGGCACUGGUAGUGUGAACAGUGCUCAGCCAUAGGAGUGGGAAGAGCUUUGGUGUGGCAGCCAGGGUUUGCCUUCCAGCUGCUCUCUGGGAGGUUAAAACAUGACAGGAAAUUUCCACACAGACCCCUGCUUUGGCACAUGGUUUUCUCGGUGGAUAUGGU